AUGAGUCUGCAUGGGCUCGGGGUGAUCGGGGCCCAGGUGGCCGCGUCAAUUAAGAGCAGUGAUGAAAAGCCGUCAUCACCAAAAGUCCACUCCCCUUCGUCUAUCCAAUCCACGCCAACCAUGCCCACACCUUCUUUUCACAGCGACGCGCGCUCGCAAGAGUUUGACCCGCACGUCGGGGCCAAACCAUCCUCGCCUUUCUAUCGACAUGGAUCACCAACCCUAUCCUACGAGCAAAUCAUUAUUGAACCCAAGUCAUCCACCCCUCGCACACGCACUCAUCUGAGGGAUAUUGAAAAUGCGGGCCCCUACAUAGCCCUACGGAAUGACAGUCCUCGACGUUCGAAACUGUGGGAGCAACAGGAGAAUCCGCCUCGAUCAUGUAUGGAUUCUUUGAGCACUCGUCAGCGGAUGACCCUCAAGAUCAUCGUGGCCGUGGUGACAGUGGGGAGCAUGAUAGCCAUUGCUUUGGGAAUUACUGCAGCAGUGGGAGGUGCUGCCUGGAGGAGUAGUACUGAGGAGAACGCCUUUGGAGGGUGA